AUGUCGAGAAAUUGCUUCGGCGUAGAGACUAUAGGUCUCAGCUUCGAAGACGAUGCGAUAAGACGAAACCCCACGCUACCCCACGCUACCCCCACCCCCCACUUCACCAACCAGAUCCGAUGCGAUGCGACCGGCCCAAAAUGCGAUGCGACCGGACGACAAUCUGAUGCGAUUGAACAACAACACAAUCACGACACAACCGGUCCAGGAAACCGAUAUCGGGGAAGUACCAGAUGA